AAGAUGGAAAGUCAUAAUGAUCGAAACGACUAGUGUACAUCUUAUAAUUUACAACUUUGUGUAGUUACACAAUCUUAAUUAUUCGUUAUCUACAGGUGCCUUUUGAAACUUUGGUUUUAAAAGAGUUGUGUACGUGUUGUAUGUGAUACUUUUGCCUAUGCUUUUCGCACUUCAACGAUAUAAAUUGUUGGAAAUGUUUAGAUUAACAGUGCUAAACGCAAACUCUUAAUAUCGAACUAGGCUUUUUGUAUUCACACCAAACACAUUUGUAUGCACAAUGCACGAAGGGCUUUUUCAUUCGCAGCUAUUCCUUACUGUACUUUCAGUGGGUCUCUUGAGACCUAGAAUCUUAUGAAAUGGUCAACUGCAUAAUAAAUAAUUUACUUAAAUUUGUGCUUCAAGUUAUUUCCUGAACCUCAUUGUUUCGAGACUUCGACGACUCAUCACGUUUGCCUUUGGUUUACUUCUGCUACAGAAUAUAUUUUCCGUGUUUUCCGAGAUUAUUUUCGUCUACCUAACUCGUUAUUCGGGCAGUGCUUUCUGAAUAUCAGUGCAAAGACAAGUAUCUGAGUGUCAUGUAAUAGUCCUCGGUAUUUUUGUAAUUCACCAAACUCUCUUACUGAAGGAAUCGUGUUUCUCGGUAGUUCUCCAAAAGUGCGGUACUAUUUCGUACUUUUCCAGACAGGUGUGUGGCAAAAACGCAUGAAACGUUUAAUUUGGGUACGGUUUAGUAGUACUUAAAUGCAUCUGGCGGGAUAUGUUACAAUGACCUAGAGCUCAGCUUUUAGUGUCUUUUUACUAUAGCCAAGUUAUAACUUUUCGGUCUAAAAGAACAGCGAAUCUUUAUGUAGAGACGUUCCUCAAAAUAAUGUGACCCAACAGAAUAAUAAAUUCGUUGGGAAGAGUCUCUUUGCUGAAUAUUGUGUUCUUAAUGUUACAAUGCGAAUUAUUAAAUUACUAACAAAAACAGUUUUUAUUGGUGAAGUCACAUUUACGAUGGUUGUCAGGCCUAGGUGUACAUUUUAGUUAUCCAUAUCGAAGUUUUCCAUUUAACCUAGUCUCUCAAAUGUAAAAUGUUUUCUUUUUAAUGUGCAGUCUCACAGUCCCUAAUAGCUUCUCAGUUAGCUGAGGAUUUCUUUUAUUCAACAGGCAUAAGUAUAACCAUGUUGUUAGUACUUUCUACUGCCUUGAACUGAUUUAAUGGCACAUUUUCUCUCAGGGAAUAUAGCGUCGCUACACUGUUCUCAGUCACCAUCGUGAAUAGAGAAUUUAUUUGUCAUUGGUAACAGAAAUCACUGAGUUGGAUCUCCUAAAAGACUGAAUGCUUUUGUUGUGAUAGUUUGCAAGCAGGGAAGGGGUGGUGCUUAGUGUUGUAGAAGUGCUUACUAGAACGUAGAUUCACACUAAUUCCAUCACUACCUAGCGUUAUAUCUUUCUUACAUCUUUUCCUGGUAGAGUUUGGUAAAUACCACGUCAUCUUUUUUCACUUAAACUUAAGUUGCUACCAUGUAACACAAUCUUGGAGUGGAUAGAUUUGGAACGGCACAUCACUUUUAUGUCAACAACUAUGACAUGUGGGACUAGUAAAAUAAGUCUUGCAGUUGUGCUUACUCAACAAAGUACACUUUAACCCUCAGUAGGUUAUACCUGUUGUUUUCAAUUUUUCCUGAUUUAAUUUUACCAAAACCUCGCUUAACUCUACUUAUAACCUUUUAAAAAAAACACAAUACCAUUUUAGAGACCAAUACAAACACUUCACACUUUGCAUCUAUAAAUCUUCCAUAAUUCUUGAAUUAUGCUUCGAAGGCUGGAAUUAGCACCACCAUCUAUAUUUUGGAAAAAUAUUGUGGAGAAUUCUCACUUCAUCUUACAGGAACACGGACGCGGGAAAAUCUUUAGAAGUGAUCAUCUGUAUAGAAUAGUUCUAAAGGCACCAAAUGGUUCAAUUUAUGAGGUUGCUAUAUCUCAUAAUAAAAACGAAAUUGAAUUCUGUUGGAGAGAAAUAAGUCUAAUUUAUAGUAGCGUUGAAGGAAUCGACAACGAGACCGCGUUUCAUCAUUUGUUUCACAAGUUAGAGAGGAAAGCUUUUCAUUUUUGGGAAAUGGAAGAUAAAAGUGGCAAUAUUACAAAUGAAAAACUCCGGCAAAUAUUCAACUUUCCUUUCAAAGAAAGAGAAGUUAACCACUACUUUUGCUUCUUUAUCAGCGGAAAAGAAUCACGUCCUGGAUGGAUGUACUUGACGAUGAAUUAUCUAUGCUUUUAUCCUAAUAUAUAUGGAAAUAAGAUAUGUAUACCAUGGAUACACAUUAUUUCUGUUUUUCAGUCAUGGUUGCGUAUACCAAAAAGCAUUUGUGUGCGCACACGUAACAGUGUGUAUCAUUUUGUAAUCCCUGCGGGUUCAGACGAAGCAUUUCAUAUGAUCUUACAUUUGGCCAAUUAUGGUGUCAGGCAGCUGCUAGUGGAUGACUGUUAUACAAGUUGGUCACACUUUGAUUUAAACUUAAAGACCCUACUUACUCAGGACUCAUCAAAUCUAUGGGAGAAAUUAGAUGUUCUGAUAUGUAGUCAACAUUAUCAAAAUUUAUUUCAUUUACCUGCUUAUGAAAUAUUAGAUAUUUCUGUUGACUGUAAAUUACACAAUCCAGACAAUAAUGAACCUUUGUCUGGAAAGUUAUUUAUAUCUGCUCAAUUUAUCUGUUACAAUUCACUGACAGAAGAUACCAAAAUUAUUCUCCCUGUGCAUGAAGUAGUAUCAGCUGAAGCUUUUCCACAGAAUAAUUCACCUGCUACUGGAGGUGUUCUCAUUAUAACCAUUGAUAAGGUGGUGUACAUAUUUACUGAUAUGGUUGUUUACGAAGAAAUUCUUCAGAAAAUUGGCUCUAAUCUGGAAGCAUCAAAGGGAACUAGAUCUGAUGUCUCGGGUGUUAUUAUCGACUCUUUACCAGAUUCAUUCAACACUUCAGUAGACAUUUCACAGCCCUAUGCUGAUGCUAGUAGCAAUCCUGUUCAGUCUAAAUUAUCAAAUGUUUCUGGAUGCUUUGCCAGUCGUUAUUCACAUGGGAAUCGUUUAGGUUCAGUGGAUCCAGAUGCUGAAAGUAAGAGACUUGAUAACUGGAAGGCAUACUUCGAAGAAUAUGGUUCUGGUGUAUCAAUGCGAAGAAAUGAACGUCUCAAGGAGCUUGUUUUAUGCGGAUUACCUGAAGAGAAACGUGGACGUUUAUGGAUGAUUUUAAGUGGAGCAGAAAGUGAGAUGUAUGCCAAUCCAGGUUAUUAUGAUAAGUUAAUUAAAGGUAUUCAAGGCUGUAAUAAUUUUGUAAGUGAAGAAAUUGAACGAGAUCUGUAUCGGUCGUUCCCAGAGCAUCCUGCUUAUCAUACUCCGGAAGGUAUUGAAUCACUUCGGCGAGUGCUAACAGCCUAUGCUUAUCGUAAUCCUAGUGUAGGCUACUGUCAAUCAAUGAAUAUAGUAGCCAGUGUUCUAUUACUCUAUAGUACAGAAGAAGAAUCCUUUUGGUUGCUGACAGCAAUUUGUGAACGCCUGCUACCUGAUUAUUAUGAUAGUCGUGUAGCUGGUGUACGUGUUGAUCAACAAGUAUUUCAUGAUUUGGUUGUUGAAUAUAUCCCAGAAUUAAAGCCGAUUUUACAUACAUCCACACAAGACAGCAUGAAGUAUGAUUCAGGAAGACUGAAAAAUACUUCAACUUCAACUCCUGAGCAUGGUUAUUCUUCGUCUUCUUCUGCUUUAUAUGACGGUGUUGGUGGAUCAUCAGGAACAGGAUUUAGUCCACCUAUGAUUCGAUCUUUAGGUUCAGAACUAAUUAGUAUGCUACCUUUAAGCUGGUUUUUAACCUUAUUUCUCAAUACUAUGCCUUUCAAGUGUGCUGUAUACGUGUUGGAUUUUUUCUUCUACGGUGGUGCUCGGGCCAUUUUUCAAAUUGCCUUAGAAGUACUACGUCAGCAUACAUCAAUUAUAAUGAAAGCUGUUGGAAGUGAUGAUGAUAGUUGUGUAUUAACUCAUCUCACAACUUAUUUUGAACAAUUACGUCAUCAAGAUAAUACAAAUGAGAAGAAUGCACCUACUACUACAUCAUCGACAUCUUCAUUAAAUAUUAUUGAUAAAAAUGAUCAAAAUAAUAAUAACAAUAAUAAUAAUAGACAAAAAUAUUCAACGACAACAACAACAACAACAAAUUCGUCUAAUCCUACUCUUAUGUCAUCGUUGUAUGAACCUAUACAUAAAUUGUUAGCAUCAGCUGAUCGUAAUUUUAAUAUAUCUAAUGAAUUAAUUGAUAGAAUGCGUUUACAAUGUCGACCUAAAGUAAUUCAAUCACUUAGUGAUUAUACUUCAAAAGAAGUUAUGCGUAGUAUGGAACGUGAACCUCCAGGAGAUUUAAUACCAUUGUUUGAGUGUUACAGAGAUCAUUAUAUUCUUUCAAGAUAUGAAAGAAUGCAUCAAACAGCACCAGCAAUUACACACAAUGAUACAAAUAAUCCUAAUCGUCCAGCCUAUGAUGUUCAUCGUAUUGAUGCACAUCAGUUUAGCAGUUUAUUUCGUGGAUUAGUUCCAUGGGGUACUGUUGCACCACACUUGUGCUUUCCAUGUUUUCGUCUACUCGAUGAAGAUGAAGAUAACUUAAUCAACUUUAAGAGUUUUGUCUGGUUAAUGCGAUGUAUAUGCGGUCAUGAUAUAAACACAAAACUACGCCUGUUAUUCUUAUUACAUCGUCCACCGUAUUGGCUACAAUCUGACAAUAAAUUAAAUGAUUGCAAAUGGAAUUUCAUCCUAUCAACACCAUCAUUUUCACCUAGUCAUAAUAUUCCAUCAACUGAACAAAAUGAUGAAAAGGAUAGUGUGAAUUCGCAUUCAUGUGAUACAAGCACUACUAGUAGUUAUCAAAUCUAUUCGAAAUCUGAUUUUGAUACAGUUGAAAUCGGGACAGAUUUAAUUGCUGAAGAAUAUGAUCAACAGUCAGUUGAGAAUCAGAAUGAAAAUAUUGGUGGUAGUAGUAGUUGUAGUAGUAUUAGCUACAGUAAUACAAUUACUAAAGAAAAUAAUUCCUCUGAACCUCCUCUAACAUCUUCAUGUAAACAAGAAAAAUCGAAUGAAAUUCAUUCGACAAUUGCUGAUCCACUAGGAUUUAUUAGUAAUAAAUAUAGUUCAAGAGAUUUAAGUGAACAUUUGUCACUAAAUUAUAAUCAAUUUCAAUGUUUAAUUGAGAGUAUACGAUCAAUUGUAGAAAGUGAAGAAGAAGGGAAUAAAGAAGAAGUGCUAGAAUCUGUAAAUUGUCUAUUUUUAGAAUUAUUUACACAAGAAUUACAAAAUAUUGAACGAUCCAAUCAUAAUGAUGGUUAUAAUAAUAAUAACAAUAAUAAUAAUAGUACAGAUAUCACAAACCAAUGUAAUGAUCGACGUCCUAGUGUUGAAACUAUGAUUGAAUCUUAUUGGCGACUAAGAUUAUAUGAUUUUCAAAAAGCUUUUUGGAAACAAGUAUUAUUACGUAAUUAUUUUUGUAAAGAAUUAUCUAUUGAAGAACAAUGCUUAAAAUUUCGUGAAUGGCUUUAUUGUUGUCCAUAA